GGCGCGUGAGGUGGUCCCUUGGAUCUGUGUCUUGCUUCAACAGUGUUUGGACGGAACAGACCCGGGGACUCCCUUUUUUCCAGCCUUCGGCAAUUUUCCAGUCUCAUUCCUUUCUUUUCCACUUGCAAUCUCUGGGACCUUCUUCACUGCCAUCUCCUGCCUCUGGAGCCAGCUAACACCGUUUUUUUGUGGUUAGUUCCUUUUUACCGAUCAACCAUGAGCUCCCAGAUUCGUCAGAAUUAUUCCACCGAUGUGGAGGCUGCCGUCAACCGCCUGGUCAACUUGCAUCUGCGGGCCUCCUACACCUACCUCUCUCUGGGCUACUAUUUUGACCACGACGAUGUGGCUCUCAAAGGCGUGGGCCACUUCUUCCGCGAGUUGGCGGAGGAGAAGCGCGAGGGCUCUGAGCGUCUCUUGAAGAUGCAAAACCAGCGUGGCGGCCGCGCUCUCUUCCUGGACGUGCAGAAGCCAUCUCAAGAUGAAUGGGGUACAACCCUGGACGCAAUGGAAGCCGCCUUAGCCCUGGAGAAGAGCCUGAACCAGGCUCUUUUGGAUCUUCAUGCCCUGGGUUCUGUCCGCACAGACCCUCAUCUCUGUGACUUCCUGGACAGUCACUUCCUAGAUGAGGAAGUGAAACUCCUCAAGAAGAUGGGCGACCACCUGACCAACCUCCACAGGCUGGCUGGCCCCCAGGCUGGGUUGGGCGAGUAUCUCUUCGAAAGGCUCACUCUCAAGCACGACUAAGAGCCUGUGGAGACCAGUGACCUCUGAGGAGCCCUUUUCAAACCAUCAGGGCUUCUGCCAGAGCCGCCUCCUCCAGCCACAAGGCAGCUUUUUAAACACCUUACAGGCUUUUCCCAAGCCUUGGACCAAAUGGAAAUAAAGCUUUGUGCACCUAAAAAAAAAAAAAAA